AUGGCGGCAACUAGCGUAGUCUUUCGGAAAUUUGAUGGCGCAGUGAAACCCACCGAACUCGUGGAGCAGGUAUCAUCUAAGUGUGAGAAACUAGAAAUACAAUGCACUACUUCGUAUUUUUCCCUUCACAACUAUAGUCCACUAGUUCUUCUCCAUCUUGUUACUACAACUUGUAUCUAAGGCUAAACUGUGACGAGGGAGAUGAAACUCUACUCCUACCCUACUGUCGUACAGGAGCCUCUAGUUGUACUAGGAGUGCCAGUUAUUCUGAAUGUAGUUUCGCAUUUGUUUUUUAAACAUUGCGCAGAUUUGGGAAGCUGAAUUGCAACGACGGGCUUGUGUUGCGCGGGGAGCGAGUGAGGAAGAGGGGAUAUCGCUACCACUUCUACCAUCGCAGGCGACGACACAGGACGCAGCCUCAAAAACACCGAAGGGUGCAUCAACACCAGGCGGAACUAAGUCAACGAAGAAAAAAGCAAAAGAGAUCACGGUACAAAAAUGAAGAAAUCAAUUAAGUGUUCCUUCUACUUCUUGUGUCCGUCGAUGAUCCUUCCUCAGCACACUGACGUUCUUGAAGUUGAGAUAUGCUUAAGUAAAAGUAAUCUACUAGUAUCCAUCAACCGCAUCAUUUUCUUGACAACAUUUUCAUUUUUCGUGACAUAUUGUUACGACACCAAAACCAAAUACAGGUAACUUUUCAUUCAGAGGUGAGAGCGAACGUCCCACAGGCAACACCAGAGAUGCAGAAGUUAGUAGAACAAGCUAAGGACUUGUUCGCUGAAGAAUUUGAGGAGGAGUUUGCUUCUCAAGUAUCAAAAAAAGGCGGCUACAGACUCACGCUGAUGGCAGAUGAAGCGGGUAAUAUUUUUCUACUUGCUGUUCAGUUGCUUCGUGUCAGAGAUCUUGAUCAAUCUCACUACAGCGUAGCACUGGUGUGAUGGUUUAGACGAUCACAAGAGCUACAUACUCGAUCAUGCUUUCUGAUGAAAUUAAGCAUAGGCAACAACAUAUUUUUUGCUAUGAUUCAUUGCUCCUUCAUCUCCCCACUUCAUUGCUAGACGAUGUAUUUCCCCUUUUCCGUUCCAGGUGACCUAUGCAGCUUUAUUAUGUACAAGACGAACCCCAGCGAGAAGUGCUUGUCUAUCGCGCACGUGGCGGUCCCUUCUACCAAGAGGCGACUGGGCUAUGGCCGACGAAUCAUGAGGUGGCUGAUUCAAUAUGCGAAGAAACAGCCUCGUUCACAGAUUGCAUUUUUAGCCCUCUCCUCUAUGCCAGGGAGCAUUAAAUUCCACCAGAGUCUGGGUUUCAAGAAGAGCGGCAACAAGUUGACGAAGAAAGAAGAUGAACCAGUGAAGGAAAAAGAUAUUGAAUACGCAGAAGGACAAGUCUACAUGACUUAUCCAAUCAAAGGAGGGAAGCGCUAA